CACCCUUUUUCAUUCAUAACAAAACUAUUUCACAUCCCGCUUUGAAAAGAAAAAAAACAACGACAUGGAAAUCUCCAAGAAUUCACUAGCAAUUGCUUUUCUUAUUGCCUUAGCUAUAAUAAUCCCUCUAUCCCUUGCCCAAGACUCCCCACAAGACUACGUCAAUGCCCACAAUAAUGCUCGUGCACAGGUAGGUGUUGGAAAUAUUGUCUGGGACACUAAUGUGGCAGCUUAUGCAAGUAACUAUAUUAAACGGCUCACGGGCGAUUGCAGACUUGUGCAUUCUGGUGGGCCUUAUGGCGAGAACCUUGCAGGAGGUAGUGGUGAUCUUACAGGCAGCGCUGCGGUGAAAUUGUGGGUUGAUGAGAAACCAAAGUAUGAUUACAACUCCAAUUCAUGUGUUGGUGGAGAAUGCAGGCAUUAUACUCAGGUGGUUUGGCGCAACUCGGUUCGUUUAGGUUGUGCUAAAGCAAGGUGCAGCAAUGGCGGUACAGUCAUCAGUUGCAACUAUUCCCCCCCCGGCAACUACGUUGGCCAGCGUCCUUACUAGCUGUGACUCUGGGGUUUGGUAUGCAGGAAUGUUUGCGUGAUAAAUAAGCCAUGUCAUUUGGCCAAUAAUAGUAAAAUGGAAACGAUGUAUUUCCGCGACUAAUUAUAUCAAACGAUAUUAUGGUGCAAUAAAGUUCACUUCAAUUUCUCUGGAAAA